UUGAACGGUUCGACUACGCGACAUUUACAGCGUGUUGCAUAUUUUAUUUGAAUGUUGGUAUGGAGAUCUCAUUCUUUUCUUACAAGGAAUUGACAUGAAAGUGGUAAAACAUGUUUAAAAAUCCCGCUAUUGUUAUUUUCAAGGCCAAAUGUAUGAUGAGCAUUUCCUACUCUAUCGGAAAUUAUCAAACCUGUAAUUUAUUUCUCCAAUUUUUUUUUUACAUUUCUUGUUUUAAAUAAAAAGUCCGUGUGUGAAUUGGGACUUACGCGUGCUCCGAAACUGAUUUGUGAUAAUUGCAUAAAAUAUCAAAAUAUCGUAAAAUCAAAUAUAAGUAGACACACAUCUCUUGAAGGAGUUAACGAUAAUUCUCCCGCGCAUUUAAGUUAAGAAAUAAAAGAUCACAAAUGCCUCAGGAAAUUAGAGUUUUGCAAUGUACUGUAUGCAAAAUGUUCCAAGUCGAUUUGGUAAAAAAGGUGAAAAUAUGGACUUGUAAGGUAUGUAAUGUGAAACAUAAUUUUCUGACUGAGUACUUUCGUGGAAGUGGUCCGGAAUGUCGUGUGCUGGUACAGGAACUGAAUAAGAAUAAAGAGCUUACAGCAUUAAGCACCGCUACCUUUACCUUAGCAAAUCAUGUGGUUCUUCGGAAUGAACAGCACAUUCCACCCCCAGAGUCCACUAAAUUUAUAAAAAAUGAAUUUGCAUGUAAUGAGGCUGAAUUAGAUAAUAAGGAUUUUAAUGGAAGAAAUAUAGAUAUUCAUCAAAAUAAGAAUAUCAAGUCGUCUUUGGAAAAUACUAAAGAAUUGGCUCAAAUCGAAUUACCAAAUAGUAAUAAACGCCUAUCGAUGAGAAAUGACUCCAACAAUAGCAUAAAGAGAGCGUGCAAAUGGGAUAAAUAUGUAUAAACACUAUUAUUUAAGAAAAAACAAAGACAAAAUAUGCAUUAAUAUAUGUUAUAAUUUAUAUUAAAAACAAAACUAAUAAUUAUGUGGCAUUAUUUAUUGAUCAUAAUUGCAAUAGUGUUUACAUUUUUAAUUCAAAAUUAUGUGUAAGCACACGGUAUGUUUGUUAUAAGUAAUUUCCAGAUUAUUUUUUUACUAUUUUGUGGAUGAAGAGGACCAGUUCCCAAUGUAUCCACCAAUAAACAUUUAUAUAUUUUAA